AUGGGAAUUCAAGGAUUAACCAAGGUGAUUGCCGACCAUGCACCCGAAGCUAUGACCGAGCAUGAUAUCAAAAACUACUUUGGCCGUAAAGUAGCCAUCGAUGCUUCCAUGUCCAUCUACCAAUUCUUGAUUGCUGUACGAUCUGAUGGUCAGCAACUCACUAAUGAAGCUGGAGAGACCACAAGUCAUUUGAUGGGAAUAUUCUACCGCACACUUCGAAUGAUUGAACAUGGAAUCAAGCCAUGCUAUGUAUUCGAUGGCAAACCUCCUGUCGCUAAAUCCGCUGAAUUGAAGAAGAGAGGAGAGAAACGCGCGGAAGCUCUCGAGGAAAUGAAGAAGGCUGAAGAGACUGGUGAUACUGAGACAUUCGACAAGUUCUCCAGGAGGACUGUCAAAGUCACCAAGGAGCACAAUGAGGAGUGCAAACGUCUAUUGAAGUUGAUGGGUGUUCCAUAUGUGGAUGCUCCUUGUGAAGCUGAAGCCCAAUGUGCUGCAUUAGCAAAGGCUGGCAAGGUGUACGCAGCUGCAUCAGAAGACAUGGACACCCUAACGUUCGGUGCACCAGUCCUCUUACGACACUUGACAUUCAGCGAAGCUCGCAAAAUGAACAUUUCUGAAAUCCACUUGGACAAGGCCCUUGAAGGAAUGAAGAUGUCCAUGGAGCAAUUCACUGACUUGUGUAUUCUUCUGGGAUGUGAUUACUGUGAUAGCAUCAAAGGUGUUGGACCACAUCGUGCUAUGGAAUUGAUGCAAAAGUACAAGAAUCUAGACGACGCAAUCAAACAUUUGGAUAAAAAGUUUACGGUGCCUGAAGAUUGGCCGUAUGAGCAAGCUCGAUCAUUGUUUGUGGAGCCUGAAGUACAGGAUCCUAAUGAAAUUGAUUUGAAAUGGGAAGAUCCUGACGUUGAUGGUAUCAUUGCAUUCAUGGUUGAGGAAAAGAACUUCAACGAGGAUCGUAUUCGAAACGCAGUUGCCAAACUCGUCAAAAACCGUGGCACAGCUACUCAAGGACGUCUGGAUGGAUUCUUUAAACCACUUCCCAAAGAUCCAAAUGCAGCUACUCCUGCCAAACGAAAGAAUGAUGCUUCAUCGUCUGGCAAGAACAGUAAAGCCAAGACAGAUGCUAAAGGAAAAGAUGCAAAGGCUAAAGGAAAAGGUGGUGCUGGCAAGCCUAGGAAAUAG